UCCUCUCCCCUAUGCACUGGUUAUUCUAUUCUUAUAUGACCAUAUUCUAUUUUUUUAAUCUCUCACCUGCCUUAUAUUUUGCUGACAUCUGUUAGUGCAUAUGUAUUUCAUUCUUACGACCACCAGAUGGCGCUUCGGUUCCAGAUUAAAACUUAAGUCUAUGAAACUUGUCCAAUUCUACUUCAAGACCAGGAGUUGGCUCUGGGGAAGAAGCACGAUUUGGUAACAUCUUCUGUCACUGACUCCCUCCUCUUCUUCAGAUAUACACACACCUAAACCCCAAUGAGAAACCAUAGGUGAUGCUCAAUAGAGGUUAAUCUAUUGUACCUCUGACACAUGCCAUUCCAAAGCAUUGUGUUGUGUAUGGCAUGAAGAUUGUCAAUGUUGAAACCCAAUCAAGCCUGCUGGCAACCAUAGUAGGAUAGCCUCCGAUACCUGAGCUCUAGGACUAUCAAAUGUUUUAUUCAUCUCACCAUAAGUCCACCAGCACUCAGAGGAGCAACCCGACUCCAUUGACCUGUCUGCUGCGCUUUGGGGAGGACUGUGUUUUGGGAUCUCUUGUGUGGAGCAGGUCAUUUUAAUUCACACCUCACAGGUAAUGGUCAAGGAAGAUGAGUGAACAAAGGCAGCGCGCCCUGUCUACGUCAGGGGAGGCUCUCUACCAGAUACUGGGCCUGGACAAGAACUGCACACACGACGACAUCAAGAAGUCUUACCGGAAACUUGCCUUAAAAUAUCAUCCUGACAAGAAUCCAGACAACCCUGAUGCCGCAGACAAGUUUAAAGAGCUGAAUAAUGCCCACACUGUCCUGUCAGAUGUUACCAAGAGAAACAUCUAUGACAAAUAUGGAUCCUUGGGUCUCUAUGUCUCACAACAAUUUGGAGAAGAGAACGUCAACACGUACUUCCUGCUAUCCAGCUGGUGGGCAAAGGGCUUGUUUGCGAUCUGCGGCCUGCUGACGGGCUGCUACUUCUGCUGCUGUCUGUGCUGCUGUUUCAACUGCUGUUGUGGGAAGUGUAAGCCCCGCACACCAGGGGAGGAGGACCCAGAGUGCUACGUGUCGCCCGAAGACCUGGAGGAGCAGAUUCGCACGGACAACGAAACAGAUGGUGACACCCCCAUUGUGCAUCAGCCAACCAAUGCCAGUGAGAAGACUCAGUUGAUUGGUGAUGGGCACAGGAGUUAUACCUGAGA